AUGACAACUAAAGACGUAUUCUUACAAUCUCGUGCAGCGGAUAUCGUGAACGUAGUCGACGACGAUGACGAUGAUGAUGAUGGCGAAGAUGAUAAAAAUGGUGAACAUACGAAGGAUUUACAUCUUCCCUGUUUGCUUGAUAGCGUUCACACGGAAAGUGUUACAGAUUUGUGUUCUCCGCAAAUGUUUUUGGAUGACCCUUAUUACAGUUCACAGAAUUUGUCCAAUAACUGGAAUGCUCCAGAAGAACCAACAGUUCCAAUUUCCCUGAUAGUCGCAGACGAAAGGAACUGUGCACGAUUAGAGAAAGUUAUCGGCCCUUGCUUGGUGGAUCACGUGCUACACUCGUGCACGUACGACGAGGCCUACGAUAUGUGCUGUAAGACGGCGUAUUAUAUGAUAUGGUUUUAUCUUGGACGUCCGAUUGAUCAUGGUAUACUUGCCCACACUACUUCUAUUAGAUAUGCCUCUAAAACUAGCAGGAAUACGAUAUUAGUCGGAGUCACCCCUUCCCAACUCUCUGAUGAUUUGGGUUUACAUGGUUUAGCGGAGAUAGUGGUUGAACCGAUAACUAAACCUUAUAUCUUUACUAAAUACAGAAGAUGGGCAUCACUUACUAUAAAAGAUGAGAAACCGUUAAAACCCCUUAAAAUAGACAAGAUACCGGAAGCUACGUCAUCAAACAUGGCGACCAACAUAUCUCCAGAUAUCCUAAAUAACAACACUACUAUUGAACUACCGAUUGUUACCACGAAGCCUAUCGAAUGCAUCAGUAAUAUUAGUAACGUGACCAAUUCGUUCGUUCCUCCUACUUUGGAGAAAAAAACUAGUAGAACGAACAUGGUACCGCCAUCCAAGCCCGAUAACCGACCACGGAGCAGAUCGAGUACCAAAACAAGUUCUUCUACUCCUCCAGAAUCUCCCAAAUUUCCCAAGAAUUGUAUGGCGGCUGAUCAUACCAUUAAAGAGAAGAUGCGAAGAGAAAGAAUCAAAGACAGUUGUGAUCAGUUGAGGGUUUUGUUGCCAUAUAUCAGGGGAAGAAAAACAGACAUGGCGUCCAUCUUGGAAAUGACUGUAGAUUAUCUGAAGCUAAUCACAUCGUCACUUCCGCCUGAUUUCCAAUCCCAGAUUAUCGCCAUGAUGACUGCAGGGACGUUAGUCGAGCCUCACUCCAAAUCAGACUCGACUUCUCGUUCGUCAACUUCGUCAUCAACAUCAUCACGUAAAAACAGUCGUUCUAAAGAUCCGCCAUCUCCCUCCCUCAGUAAAGUUACCUCUUCUAGUGACAUCGGUGUCGAGUCCACGGCCAAGAUGGUUGACAUAGAAACCGACAUCAAUGGAAAUCUGACCGAAAUGAACAGGACCAUGCCACUUCCGGAAUCCAGUCCAGGGUCUUUUUCUAAUCUGAAACGUACCGACUCCAUCGACGUCACCGACGCUAUGCCCGCCAAAAGAAUGUUGAUGUCUUCCGGUCCUGCGCAAUCGAGUAUGUUGUAUAUAACAUCUGAUGACAAUAGGAAGGAGUGUGGUAUCACAUUAGAUAACGCCCACGAUGAUGUGUUUCAAAACCACAUUCAGCCGAUACGUGUACCUCAAUCACACUGGACCGACAUGUACUCCAUGUCCGGUUACCCACAACUCGCUGGUCCGGCUGGCUCUAGAAUGACAGCACGUGAUCGAGACAGCUAUGGGAUGUUUAUGGAUUCUUAUUACCAUUACUAUACUGGACAGCAGUCGUCUGGGUACGGAGGGAACCCAUUAUCAGAAUACGUCAACCCGAACGCAGUGCUACCCAUGACUUACACUCGAAUACCCGAAAAUUCCCGCGCUUAUGACGACAAUGACCGGUUUACCGGAAGUUCGCAAGUUGAUGACGUUUAUUCGAUGUCCUCUGCUACGAAUCCAACGUAGAUGACUCGAUGGGUCGAUUUUAGCCUGAAUAUUUUAAUGGCGAGGGCAAAAUUGUGUCUAUUUUUAUUUUAUUAUGAGGUCAUAAUGUAAGCCACAUUGCAUCGCCUAUUGAGUUGAUUCUUCGAGGCUGUGCGAGUCAGACAGACAUAUGACCUUUG